AUAUGAAAACAAAAUUGAAGUAGUAGGUAUUUAACUAUACGAAGAGAAAUCGUAUUAUUUUCUCCGAUUGUUUACAAUACUUUAAUAAUAGGUUGGGGUUUCUUUAAAAUUUAGUUCACCAAUGACUUAACAUAAUUAAAACUCUUAAUCAUAGCCAUGUUUUUGACAACUUUUUUUUGGUAACGAUUAAAUUUUUAAUUGACUUAAAGCUAUUAUUAUUUACCUAUUUAAUAAUAAUCAGUAAUGAUUUACUUAUUAUUUUUUACUAGAUUAUAAUAUGUUAUUCUAGUAUAAGACUCAAUGUAUAAAUAGCUAAUUUUUUUUAGAUUUAGAAUGGCAUCUGACGACUGCAAAACUUUAAAUUAUGACCAAGCAUGCCUACAAAUAUGGGCUACAAAUACUUCAAAUACAUCUCUUUGGAUGCAGUCUGAAGAAUGCUAUAAUUGUGAUUUAUUAAAAGUAACAAAUAUAACCAACUAUAAAGUAACAACUAUUCGUUUGAAAACAAUUUAUCGUCUUUUGUUACAUCUGACAAAUGAUCAAAACAAUGAAAACUGCAGUACACUGUAUAACUUUGAAGAACAUGGUAUUUAUAGAUGGAAUAUUACAAACAGUUCAUAUUGUUCUAAAAUAGAAGCACUUUCACUUUCUCAUGACUUUUAUAUGCCUUUUGUAUUUGCAUUGCUUCUUAUUAUACCAUCUUUUUCCAUUUGGUUUUUCAUUACUUACAUACAAAAAACUAAUGUAGUUCCAUCAGUGUUUCGGUUUUCAUCUAAAACUGAUUUGGAUAUUGAAAAUGAUUUUGGUACAGGUUCUAAUGAACCUGUCAUUAUUCAACCUCAUAUUCCUACACCUGUAAAAAAUACAAGUUCCCGAAUUACAUCAUUAGAUGCAUUUAGAGGAAUAUCAAUAACUCUUAUGAUAUUUUUCAACAUGGGUGGUGGACGUUACUGGUUUUUUCAACAUACUCCAUGGAAUGGUAUUAGAAUAGCAGAUUUUAUUUUUCCUUGGUUUUGUUGGGUAAUGGGAGUGAGCAUAGCAAUAUCAUUACGAUCUCAGCUACGAUCAAGCACAAAAAGAAAAUAUGUAUUUGGCCGUAUUUUCCGGAGAUCAUUUGUUUUAUUAAUUAUGGGAUUAAUAUUAAAUUCAGUACAUCAUAACAAUUUAAAUACAUUUAGACCAUUGGGGAUAUUACAAAGAUUAGCUAUUAUAUAUUUUGUUGCAUCUUCACUGGAAACAAUUUUUAUGAAGCCCCAACCAUAUUUCACGAAUACAAAGUUUGAUAUAAUCAGAGAUGUUAUUGAAAGUGCUCCGCAGUGGUUUAUAAUUAUUUUAUUAGUGGGUGUACAUACAGCAGUUACUUUUUUAUUAAAAGUUCCUGGUUGUCCUAAAGGUUAUUUAGGCCCUGGUGGUUUAUAUAAUCAUUCAAAGAAUUAUAACUGUACUGGUGGUGCAGCUGGUUAUAUAGACAGAAUGAUAUUAGGAGAAAAUCAUAUGUUCUAUGGUUAUGCUAAUGAAAUUUACCAAUCCAAACCAUUUGAAAAUGAAGGUAUAUUGAGUACAUUAACUAAUGUUUUACUUGUCUAUUUGGGCGUUCAUGCAGGGCGAAUUAUUUUAUGUUAUCAGUACACUAAUGAACGAAUAAAACGUUGGACUAUUUGGACAAUUGUACUAGGUUUUGCUAGUGGUUUAUUAUGUAAUUUUUCUAAAGAAAAUGGGUUAAUACCAAUAAACAAGAGUAUGUUUUCUUUAUCAUAUACAUUUAUUGCUGGAAGUUCAGCUUUUUUUGUUUUCAUAUUAUUAUUUUUGAUUAUUGAACAUUGGAGAUUAUGGAAUGGUUCUCCAUUUUGUGAAAUUGGUCAAAAUUCAAUUUUAUUAUAUAUUGGCCACGAGAUAUUUUAUGACACACUUCCAUGGUCUUGGGAACCAGUAAAUGAAACAACACAUACAGAAUACUUAUUAAUGCAUUCUUGGGCUACAAUAUUUUGGUGUGCAAUUGCAUUAGUUAUGCAUAAAAAGAACAUAUUUAUAGUUGUUUAAGUUUUUAAUGCUGUUAUAGUUUCAAAUUAAUUACAUUAUACACAGUAAAUAAUAUUUUA